UAACUUUAAAAGAACAAUUACGUUAAACAAUCGAUAAAAUUAUUAUUAAAAACUAAAGCAAAAUUGUUGCUUUGAAUUUAAAGUGAAGUUUUUUAUUUAAAGAGUGAAAACUAUAAAGAAAGUGGCAAAAUUGCCCAAAGUGCUAAAGAAUAUUUAAUGAAAUUUGUAAUACAGCAUUAAUAAAAAGUGAAAAACUAGUGAAUACAAAACUGAACAAAAUUCUCAUUAAAAAGUUAAAUAUAAAAAACAUUAAUACAAAUAUCGUAUUAAAAUAAAAAAGUGAAUUCAAAGUGUUGUUGCAGAUCAACACUAAUCAUCAAAUUGAAAGCAAAAGUUAUGGAUAAAUCGAAAAGCGUCAGUCCCAGUGAUUGCCGUGUGACCAGAUCAAGCAUGACGCCAACGCUGCGAAUGCAGCAGAGCCCGAGCCCAAGGCGUCAACAGCAGCAGCAGCAACAACAACAACAACUCGCAGUUGAUGAGCAGCCACGAAGCAAAUCGAAAUCGCCAACAUCGCCGCCAGGUGGCGCUAAGCUGCCGCCGACAACAUCGACGCCAGCGGCAACGUCAACAGCAGCGCAUCAUCAUCAGUUUCGUGCGCCAGCGCAGCAGCAGCAGAGCAGCAAGAACAAGAACGGUGGCAAUAAAGCAUGGAGCAAACGGCACAAGACAAGCGGCAAACAUAACGCCAGCGCCUGCGUCGGCGCCAGCGCUCAGCCGCAGCAUCAUCAUCACCAUCAACAUCAUCAGCAUCAGCAUCAGCAUGCACAUCAUGCCAAUGGCAGCGGCAGCGGCGCUGGCGGCGUCGCUGCUCAGGCGGCUGUCGGCGCCGGCGUCGGCACGCUGCCAACGACUGCAGCAGCGACAGCUGCUGCGGCUGCAGCGCACAAAGCGGAUCUCGAAAACAUACAAAAUGUGAAGAAUCAAACUCAUGGGGCGCCACAUCAUGGAGGCGUGGCUCAUCACAACAUCAGCGGAGGCGGCGGCGUCGGCAGCGCUGCUGCAGGCAGCGGUAAUCAUCAUCAUCAUCAGCACAGCCAUAACACGCGGCUGGCGCAGACUGCGGCAGCCACAGUGGCAUCCAUGGACGCCAAGCUCGGUCAUGGUCAUGGGCUGAAGGGGCAGCAGCAGCUCUACAAAAAGAUGCUGACGCACAGGGGUCACCAUCAUCACGUGCUGUGCGCUGGCAACAAUGCCAAUCACACUUGCUGCCUGGUCACAGGCUGCAACGGCAGCGUUGGCAGCGGCGCCGGCAAAGAUACGCAGAGCAACAAGGACACAAGUUCGCUGAGCGGUAAUAGCAGCAUUAUUUCGGGCAGCGCAGCAGCAGCGGCAAAUGCGGUUCACUAUUGCUGCGGUCGGUCGAAGUUCUUUUUGCCUGAGAAGCGGUUGCGCAAGGAGGUGAUUGUGCCGCCCACGAAGUUUCUGCUGGGUGGCAACAUCUCGGAUCCGCUCAAUCUCAAUUCGCUGCAGCACGAGAACACCUCGAAUGCAUCGUCGAGCAACAAUACGCCGGCGACGACGCCGCGUCAGUCGCCGAUAACAACGCCGCCGAAAGUGGAGGUGAUAAUUCCCCCGAAUAUUCACGAUCCGUUGCAUUUGCUCGAUCCCGUUGAUUCGAUGGAGUACGAGAAGCAGCUGACGUCACCGAUGAAGCGGGGCGGCAUGUUGACACGGGGCAGUCACUUGAAGCAGCAGCAACAACAACUGCAGCCGCAUCACCAGCAUCGUCAGCAUCGACAGCGCAAGAAUCGCAAGCGGCGUCGCUUCGAUUCCAACAACACGUCGUAUGGCGGCGACGACGCUGCCGUCGAUGGCAGCAGCGUCGAGACGUCAACGCUUUCGAUUUCACUGGACGAUGUGCCAACAACAACAGUGUCCGUAGCGACAGCAGUAGCAACAGAGAUUGCAACUGGCACCACAACAGCAACAGCAUUAAUAACUGCAGCAGCAGCUGCGGCAGCAACAACAACAACUGUCGCAGUCGCAGCGACGGCAGCAGCAACAUCGCCAGUGGCUGCAUUGAGCGGCACUCUGCUGAGCGAGGCGGCAGCAUCGGCGUCGGUUGAAACAGUGGAAUUGGCACAGCAGCAGGCGCAUGUGCGCUCUCGCUCUCCGCAGGCUGCGGCCACCGCUAUGGAGGAGACCACCACGCCAGCCUUAGCAGCUGGCGCUCAAACUCUGUCAGCACUGGAACAGAUGGAAUGUAACGUGCUGUCGUCAACGGCAUCGCCACAACAGCAACAGCAGCAACAUGUGGCCACAAUUGCCGAAUCUACAAACAGCAGCGGUGACAGCAACAACACAACACUGGCCAUGGCAACAGUAACAGCAGGAGCAGGAGUAGGAGCAGGCGCAGCAGCAGCUGACAGUAGCUCGGCUGAUUUGUUGCUUGGCGCUGCGACCGCGGCGUCGACAUCGGCUGCUACGCUGGCAGUGGCGUCGACGCUCGCCGAGAGGCGUGCGUUAGCCAGCCGAGAUUUGCGCUUGGAUUUGGACAGCACGUGCUACGGUGUAGGCGGAACGGGUCUGAGCUUUGCUGCGGGCAGCGCAGCCAGCACUGGCAGCAGUGGCGGCGGCAGCGGCAGCAACAACAGCAGGAAGCGUAAAAUAAGUGAGAGCAAUAACUCGCAAAAGAGUAAGAAAUUCCAUCGACACGAUGCCAUGGAUAAAAUUGUUAGUCCGGUGGUGCCACAGCCGGGGGCAUGGAAGCGACCGCCGCGCAUUUUGCAGCCAUCGGGUGCACGCAAGCCGAACACGCGACGCUCCACAUCCUUCAGCGAAACGGAGCUGUUGAGUCCGGUCGAAGAGGUUCCAGCCAAGCCGCUAAUUGAAGUUGUGGAGAUGCCACGUGACGAUACGCCCGAUCUGUCGGAGCAUGGCCUGGGCAGUCCAUUGAGCACCAUUUCCGCUGCCACUUCGCACACAGCCGGCGAACCGGAUGCCCAAGCAUUAGAGGAGGCAACAACAACAACAGCAGCCACAGCAGUGGCAACAACUGCUGCCGCAGAUGCCACCGAGCCACCCAUUGUGGGUUUAAUGCUGGAGCCAGCAUUAAUACCCCCACUGGGCCAAAAGCUGCCCAAAUUCCGGGCGGAUGGGGUCAAGUAUCGCUAUGGCAACUUUGAUCGCUACGUCGACUUUCGCCAGCUGAACGAGUUUCGCGAUGUGCGUCUGCAGGUCUUUGAGCGGCAUUCGGAGUUGUUCCAGAACAAGGAUAUACUCGAUAUAGGCUGCAAUGUGGGUCACAUGACCAUCACGGUGGCUCGCCACUUGGCGCCCAAGAGCAUACUGGGCAUCGACAUUGAUCGUGAGCUGGUGGCGCGUGCUCGUCGCAAUCUUUCGAUCUUUGUGCGCAUUCCCAAAGAGGAGGUUAAGCUGGAGCCGAAACUGGAGCUUGGCUCGCAACCGCUGUUGCAGUCGACGCCCGAGAAGCUGGACCAAGGCGGCGACAGCAGUGUGCACAAGAAGACGCGGCGUGGCAAGAAGCGACGCAAGGCGCAGCAGCAGCAACAACAACUGCAUCAGCAGCAGCAUCAUGAGCAGUUGUUGCAUCCCCACCACCAUCAUCAUCAUCACCACCAUCAUCAUCACAAUCAUCAUCAGCAUCAGAUGGAUGUGCUGCAGCAACAGAAACUGGAUGCACUUCUGGUCAAACCACACGAAUUCUUUCCCAUCUCAUUUCCGCUCACCUACGGCGGCAUACCCCACCUGCCCUCCACAUCGGGCGCUGGCUCAUCGAAUCCCAUGGGCAAAAACCAAUUCCCGCAAAAUGUAUUCUUUCGCCAGACGAACUAUGUGCUCAAGGACGAGUCUCUCAUGUCGAACGACACGCAACAGUACGAUCUCAUACUGUGUCUCUCCGUCACCAAGUGGAUGCAUCUCAAUUUCGGCGAUGCUGGCCUCAAGCUGGCCUUUAAGCGCAUCUUCAAUCAGCUGCGACCCGGUGGCAAGCUCAUACUCGAGGCUCAGAACUGGGCUAGCUACAAGAAGAAGAAGAAUCUAACACCGGAAAUCUACAACAACUAUAAGCAAAUCGAGUUCUUUCCCAAUAAGUUUCACGAGUAUUUGCUCAGCUCUGAGGUGGGAUUCAGUCACAGCUAUACGCUUGGAGUGCCUCGACAUAUGAGCAAGGGAUUCUGUCGACCCAUUCAGUUGUACGCCAAGGGCGACUACACUCCGAACCAUGUACGCUGGAGCGAUGCUUACUAUCCACAGACACCGUAUGAGGCGUAUCGCGGCAUCUACGCCACCUUGCCGGCCCGACGAACGGGAGGCGGCAGCAGCAGCGCCGGAGGCAGUCACAGUGGCCACGCCCAGCUGCACUUGCUGAGCAGCUCGACACGGUCGCAGACCUACGAUACUCCCCAUUAUGCGGGCAGUGCUUCGGGCUCGGCGAGCUGCCGACAGACGCCGAUGUAUCAGCACACGUACAAUCCACUGGAGACGGACUCGUAUCAGCCCAGCUAUGACAUGGAGUAUCUCAAUCAUAUGUACGUCUUUGCAUCGCCAUUGUACCAGACCGUUUGGUCGCCACCCGCAUCCCUGAGGAAGAGCUCAUCGCAUACGCCAGUGUUUGGCAGCGUUCGAGAUGCCGAGCUCGAUGGCGAUGGCAGCAUUGGGGGCGGCGGCAGCGGAGGUGGCAGCUAUCAUAGGCACGUCUAUCCGCCGAAUGAUGACACCUGUUCGCCAAAUGCGAAUGCCUGUAACGCCUUCAAUUCGAUACGGGAUGCGGAUACGGAUGACUCGAAUCAGUUGCCAGGCGGCAGCAGGCGGCAUGUGUAUGCCACCAAUUGUGGCGAGAGCUCAUCGUCGCCGCAGGUGAAUCAUCACGAGGCGGGAGCCGAGUUUGUCGAUGCCCUAAUGGAUGAUGAACAGAAGACGUUGGCUGCGGGCAGCGGCGCCGCAUACUGUGAUCUCUCGGAUGCAUAGACUUCGAGCAGCUGGAAAUUAAAUGUGUCAAAAUGAAAUCCAAAAAAUGAAAUAAAAAAAAAACAGUAAAAUUGAAAAAAUAUGAAUAAGCUUGUAACAUACAAAAACUGAUCCACGAUGAGAUCUUUCGAAGUGAUCGAUAAUAGAUCGCAAUGUGGAACAGAACACGAUAGAUAAAUGGAAAACGCAAACGAGACGCUUAUGAUUUUUGAAAUGAACUUGCAUAUAUAUUUUUUAUAUGUGGUAGUACAUACAUAUAUAUACAAAUACAUAAAUUUAUACAUAUAAAUAUAUAUAUAUAUAUUUAGUAUAUAUACUGUAGCCUUUAUAUAGAUAUUAAUUAUCUCUCACUUGCGCUUAUCCGAGAAUUUCCUUUUGAAUUUUUUGUUUUUCUAAAUGAUUCUCUUGUUGGCAGUUCAAAUCUUACAUUUAAGUUUCAAGUGUAAAUUACAAUUCUUUAAGCAAUACCCUCAACAUACACACAGAGAAUAUGCUGUAGCUUUAUAAGCAAAUUAUAUGUGCUAUAUAUAAUAUAUAGAAUAUACAUACAUAUACAACAAUAUGAUUAUGAAACAUCAGAAUGAAAACCGCUUAAAAAAUGCAACUAUUUUUGAUUAACAUAUUUGGAAAACGCUGCAAGGGAUCGCUGUAAAAUGUAAUAAAACAAAAAAAAAGGAAAAAAUGAAAAUGAAAAAGUAGGGAAACUCCCA